UGAUGGGAGGGUGGAUAAAUACCCCCAAUCAAACUCUCCUUAGAUAACUGAGUCGUAUCGAAUUCAACUCGCCGGAAAACUCUGUCUGAUUGUCGUUGGCAGCCAGAAACACCGAGAAACUCCAUUCAGGGAAGAUCACAGUGUGACCCCCGAAUCGGAUUAGUCGUCCAGUGGACCGGAUUAUGACGGUGAAAACCCAAAAAAGUACUCUUUAGAGAAACACAAAUGGAUUCAUCACGAAGUCCAUCUGUUGGGGGAAAUGGGACACCAAUUUUUCAAACUAACGAUACUGCAGCUUCUGCAGCAGGAGCUAAUGAUUCUAUGCAAAAUCUGAAGCAGAUCAACAAGUCCAUUGAGAAAACCUUGGGCCUUAUCCAUCAGCUUACCCUUACUGUCUCUAACUUCAGUGCUGCUUUGCAAAUGCCACUCCUCCAACGCAUCAAUGGACUUGUUGCAGAGCUUGACAACAUGGUCAAAUUGGCAGAAAACUGCAACAUUCAGGUUCCUAUGGAGGUUGUAAAUUUAAUUGAUGAUGGGAAGAAUCCAGAUGAGUUUACCAGAGAUGUUAUAAACAACUGUAUUGCAAAGAAUCAGAUCACCAAAGGAAAAACGGAUGCUUUUAAGAAUUUGCGCAAGCAUCUAUUUGAGGAAUUGGAGCAAAACUUCCCUGAUGAGGUUGAGACAUUUAGAGAGAGUCGUGCUGCGUCUGCUGCUGAGUUGAAGCGUUUGGUGCAGGCACAAAGUGUAUUGCCGAAUGGAGAUUUGAGAGUUAAACUAGAGCAUUGAGUGAUAUAUUUCAGAUGCAUUUAUAUUUCUCCUUUUCCCCUCUUUUUUCUUGACUUUAUUUUUAGGUGAAAACUAUGGUACCUUCUAGUUUUAUUAGGAUUUUAAUUCUCUGCAGUGGAUCAUGGUCCCAGUAAGAUGCAUUUUAUGUAAAUCAACUUCGUAAUAAUUGCAGGAUCCAAAAUAUCACAAGAAUGCGCUGAGUUACAUAA